AUGAAUCCUCCUAAAUUCUAUGGUGGGUUGAAUCCUGUGAAGGCUCAUGAGUGGAUAACCAGCAUGGAAAGGAUUUUUCAGAUAGUGCAUUGUAGUGAAGAGAAUAAGGUUGUAUUUGCUACUCACAUGAUGAAGGGUCCGGCUGUGAGAUGCUCUUUGAGGACUCAGAAAGAAUUUGAGUUUCAGCAGCUUAGACAGGGUCCUAUGACAGUAGUUGCGUAUGCCAAGAAAUUUGAAGACGUGGCUGCUUAUUCUAGACAAGCCAUGUACGCACCAGAUGAGAAAUGGAAGAUUGAUCAAUUCCUUUUUGGCCUAAGAGGUGAAAUUUCUCAUAGUGUUUCUCAAAGGGAAUUCACUACUUAUGCUGAAUUGUUAAGGCAAUGCUAUGUGGCUGAGAACAGUUUGAAGAAAGUUCAAGAAGAAAGGGAUCAGUAUAGGAGUGGACAGAGAUACCAAGGGAGGCCAGGUAUCCAGUUUAGGCCUAGACCUCAGGCUUUCAAAGGAAAACAGGUGCAACAUGCAAGACCUAACCAUCCUCCUCAAUGUCAAGUAUGUAAGAAGUCUCAUUUUGGAAGAUGUGUUGGAAGUGGAAUAAGGUGUUUUACUUGUCAGAGGGAGGGACACAUGUCUAGGGAUUAUCCUCAGAAUAAGAAUCAUAUGCAGGGGAGGAGCACUUGUCGAGUUUAUACCUUGGAUGCAAGGAAGGCUAAGAGAAACAAUGCCUUGAUUGAUGGUAUGUGUCUCGUCAAUGAUCAUCCUUGUUUUGUAUUGUUUGAUUGUGGGGCGACACACUCAUUUGUAUUAAUUCAGUGCAUGAAGCGUCUUGGCUUACAAGCAAUUCCCUUGUCUCCUCCUAUGGUGGUUACUACCGGCAUGGAUGAUGUGGUUGAGACACCGUGGAUUUGUGAAAAUUGUUCGCUCUUGGUGAAUGGUAGAAUUUUCCAGAUUGAUCUUAUUUGUUUACCAUUUAAGAAGGUUGACGUGGUUUUGGGGAUGGAGUGGCUUUCCGCCAAUUCGGUGUUUAGUGGAUGUGAAGAGAAGUUGAUUAUCAUUCCAUCUAGUGAAGCUAUUCCAAAGGAUGUACUAACUAUUAUCUUGGAAGGUACAGUUGGUAUGGUUAAUUUCUUAUUUGAGAAGGAAAAGUUAGUUCUCUUGGUUCUCACCAAGGAAUCUAGCGAUAAUCUGAGUGUUACGCAAAUUCCUAUCGUUUGUGAAUUUCUAGAAGUUUUCCCUGAGGAUGUCACCUCUCUUUCUCCUGAAAGGGAAGUGGAAUUCUCUAUUGAUAUGAUACAUGGGACGGCUCCAAUCUCUGUUUCUCCAUAUUGUAUGGCGUCGCUCGAAUUGAGAGAGUUGAAGGAUAAAUUGGAAGAGUUGUUAACCAAGCAUUUCAUCUGA